AUGAUUCAUUCCAAGAAGUUGCUCUUUGUAAUCACCACAUUGUGCUUUCUAGCCGAGGCGGCUCAGUCGAAACAUACGAGGCCCACGAGAAACUACAAGUUCGAUAUCAAAAUGCAGAAAGUCACGAGAUUGUGCCAAUCGAAGAACAUCGUGACCGUUAAUGGCCAGUUCCCUGGGCCCACAAUCACCGCACGGGAAGGUGACCGGGUCACAGUUAAAGUAGUUAACCAUGUUCGAUACAACGUUUCAAUCCAUUGGCACGGAGUUAGGCAGCUUAGGAGCGGUUGGGCAGAUGGGCCCGCAUACAUUACGCAAUGCCCGAUUCAGACGGGCCAAAGCUACGUAUACAACUUCACGAUCAUCGGGCAACGAGGCACCUUAUUUUGGCACGCGCACAUUUCGUGGCUUCGGGCCACGCUCUACGGGCCAAUUAUCAUCCUUCCCAAACGCGGAAUCCCUUAUCCUUUCCCUCGACCCUACAAGGAAAUCCCCAUUGUUUUCGGUGAAUGGUGGAAAGCAGAUACAGAGAGUAUCAUAAACCAAGCACUGCAAACUGGAGGAGCACCCAAUAUUUCUGAUGCAUACACCAUUAAUGGCCUUCCUGGACUCUUUUACAAUUGUUCAGCCAAAGAUACAUUCAAGUUGAAAGUUAAACCGGGCGAAACGUACCUCCUCCGGCUAAUCAACGCAGCGCUAAACGACGAGCUAUUUUUCAGCAUAGCUAAUCACAGCCUGACAGUUGUCGAGGCCGAUGCUGUGUACGUAAAACCCUUCAAAACCGACACGAUCCACAUAGCGCCAGGUCAGACGACAAAUGUCCUCCUCCGAACAAAGCACCGCCACCCGAACGCGACCCACCUAAUGUCUGCACGGCCUUACUCCACGGGCCCCGCCACAUUCGAUAACUCCACCACAACUGGCCUCCUCGAAUACUACCGGCACCACCGGAACCCGAACCCAGCCACGAAAAUUACCAAACUACCCCUCCUCAAGCCGUCGCUUCCCCUCUUCAACGACACGAAAUUCGCCUCUACCUUCAGCCGAAAGCUACGCAGCCUAGCUAGCUCGUCAAAAGUCCCGCGGAGAAUCAACAAGAGAUUCUUCUUCACAGUCGGGCUCGGGCUCAGCCCGUGCAAGAGAACAAACGGGCCUUGCCAGGGCCCGAACGGGUCAAUGCUGGCGGCCUCGGUCAACAACGUGUCGUUCAAUAUGCCGACGACGGGCCUGCUCCAGGCCCACUUCGCGAACCGGACAAGAGGGGUAUACACGACCGAUUUCCCGGAAAACCCGCCCGUGAAAUUCGAUUACACGGGUAACCCGCCCACCAACAGUAUGGUUUCGGGCGGGACGAGGGUUGCUGAGGUGGCGUAUGGCACCAAGCUGGAGGUCGUUUUGCAGGACACGAGCAUAAUCGGGGCAGAGAGCCAUCCCCUGCAUCUGCACGGGUUCAAUUUCUUCGUGGUCGGGCAGGGGUUCGGGAAUUUCGACCCGAGUAAGGACCCGAACCGGUUCAACCUGGUCGACCCGGUGGAGAGGAAUACGGUAGGGGUGCCCUCUGGGGGAUGGGUCGCGAUCCGGUUCGUCGCGGAUAAUCCGGGUGUGUGGUUCAUGCAUUGUCACCUGGAAGUGCACACGAGCUGGGGGCUGAAAAUGGCGUGGGUCGUGGCCGACGGCAGGCGCCGGAAUCAGAAACUGCCGCCGCCGCCGGCGGAUCUUCCCAAAUGUUGA